AUGGAUAAAGAGAAUUCGGGAGCUCCGCCGUGUACUAUUCCGGAGAGAAUUUUCAAAGCUGGUGAGGAACCAACCGGUGUUAGGGUGACGCCUUACCACAAACCUUGUGGUAUCAGACAAAUUCUAAACGCCCUUGAACCUGAAGAAAUAGAGAAAAUUCGAACCUCUCCUUUCGGUAAAAUGGUAGAGAUUGCUGAGAAGCCUUCUUUCUCCGGUAGAUUUGGUCGCUAUAUAAUCUCACGACAGUUGAAGGUAGCAAAGAAGCAUGAAGUGUGGUUCAUUUUCGCUGGGAAACCUAUUAGGUUCUCUCUUCGAGAGUUUGCUAUAGUAACAGGGCUCAGCUGUGGAAGGUUUAGGAAACGAUCAAAGAAAAGAUCGAACAGGAACAUUAGCGAGAAGCCAUACUGGGGAGAACUAUUUGGUACUCUCAAGGAGAUCCCGGUAUCGUCUGUCAUCCGUAUGUUAAAGAAGAAAACGGUGAGGGGAGAUUUGCGUCUCAAAUAUGCAUAUCUCGCUUUGCUAUCAUCUGUCAUACUACCAACGACCCAUACACCUAAGAUGUCGCAAGAUUAUGCUGAGAUGAUAAAAGAUCUUGAUACCUUUUUUGCCUAUCCAUGGGGGAGAGUCUCUUUCGAUAUGCUGGUCAGUAGUAUAAAAGAAAGAAAGGAAGUUUCGCUCUCACAAAACACCAUUGCACUAAAAGGAUUCGUGCUCGCAUUACAGCUAGUCAUGGUUGAAGCCGUACCUGCGCUUACAGAGGUGGUUCAAGACGGGAGCUCUUCUGGUUCGGAAGAUGAGAUCCAUGAAGAGGAAGACACUAUAGAUGACGACAAUGCGGAGAAGAAAAGUAUCAGCCCCGGACAUGCGCGCGAUACAGAUGCUGCUGGGAAGGCGAUUGUUCAUUCAAUUAUCUUUCGUGGGGAAAAACCAGUUACACAGAACGAAGAGUUGGAGUGGACAGAUGACGAAGGGGAUGCAUCAGUUGAUAAUUUGUUCAAUCUGAUCGAGCAAGGGUAUCCAUUUACACAUUCAAGCUUCACAGGCGGUUUAACAAAAUUGGAUGUGAUUAGGCUGCGGGAGGAGAGCAAAGCGGAAUCCCUCCACCGAAAGACUUGUAAAACAAAACACGGCCCUUCCUCGCAAAUUCCAAGUGGUUUUGACAUAGAGCUUAUUUCUGCGGUGGUGAAAGAUAGUCUGAAGGACGAUUUUACAAACGUUGGCACUCUACUCGCUGCAUUACAUGAGUCAUCGCUGUCUUUCCAAACACAAGUCCUCACUAACCUUAGCCAAAUGUUCACCAAGGUAGAUGAGUGUAAUGAGAACAUCGCUUUGUUGACGGAGGAUAGAGCGAGACAUCCUUUUUUUGGAGCUCAAGGCUCCCAUGGAAGACCUACCUCAACACCCGCUACGGAGAAUGCUGCCACACAAACAAAUGUGAAAUUUCCCAGCGAUGCUGGGCUUAGUGGGGGGGACGACAUCGACGGGCAUGGCCCUCUUGGUGCGUCUGCUAAGAUAGAUGCACCAACAAAAAUAGAGACAGUAGCAGAAGAGCAGUGUGGCAACCCUGGUGGGGAAAAUAGCUCUGACUCGAGUCUUGACCCGGCGUUGUUGUUUCCAAAGCCUACUUUCUCUUUAGGAUUAACACAGGAGGAACGUGGGGUGCUUGACAAGGUUGUCAGUACGUGUGUAGGUGGUGUAGACGAGGUGGGUGCAGUUGCAAUAAGCGAGGACAUUCAGCAUGAGAAUGAGGAGGUUGCAUUUGGUUGUAGGAAGAGUAAACGACCGAAAAACCCCCCCAAGUCCUUAGUAGGAAAUUAUGAGUGUGAUAAACGGUUUUUAAACAUUGCAAGACAGGGUGUAGCAUCUUCAAACAAUCCGGGUGUUAAUAUAGACUACUCAGCAAAGUUCUCUAUUCUCCUUGACAAAAUAAAAACACCAUUCGCCAUAAGUGGUGAUAAGUGGACGCUUGAUAGCGUAGAGCUUUACGAACUAGUGGGGAGAGCAAAACCCAUGCCUGCCAAGGUUGUUGAUGUCCUCAUCUCCCAUAUCAGUGCAUUCUUCCGAAUUAAUUCAAACCCCAACCAGCAGAGUACAUGCGUCUUUCUUGACACCCACUUUGUUUCUGAAAUAUGUAAGGUAUAUUCCAAGUUUUCAAAGAUGUCGAGGAAAGACAAUUUCAGAUUUCCUGACACUGUCUUAGACGUUGGGUUACAAAAGAGUGCAUUUGUGGAGGCUCAGAGAUUUUAUUUUCCGUUCAACCUCGACCAGAAGUACUGGGUAGGAAUAUGCGUCGAUAUGAGUAGCUGGUCGAUUUAUGUCUUAGAUAGUAACAUAUCAAUAAGGACAGACUACAUGAUGAGUAAGGAGGUUAGGCCUAUCGCACAGAUGUUUCCUUAUUUUGCGUUGCACUUAGGAAAACCUCUGCCCUCCAAAGAUGUGAAACCUCUAGCGAUCGAAAGGCCUCGAUGUUUUCCACAAAACGAUGCCCUAGCAGACUCUGCCCUAUCAGCUAUACUGUUCAUUAAAGCUCACGCUUUCGGUGGUGCCGAUGCUUGCAAAAGCAUAACAGAUGAUGUUCUAGACACGGAAGUGGAGAGGCUUGCCGUCACUCUCUAUGAAGAAAAUGUUGGGUCCCUUUGA